AUGGCGCAGCGCAAGGUGCAGCGCCGCAAGCCUGGCAACAGCAAGCGCAAGGCCAAGGCCAAGAGCAAGAAGAGCGACGACGAGGAGGCCGACGCAGAGGAUGGGGAGGACGCCGAAGCCGCGGCGUCAGCCCAGACGCAGCCGGACAAGGCGCAGGUGGACGAGGAGGUGCGCGCGCUGCCCCGCGAGCAGCUGGACGCCUUCUACCCCGCGGCCGUGCAGCUCGUGGCCCCCAGCGAGGACGAGGAGACGGAGGCCAGCCGCCUCAAGGCGCGCGAGUGCAUCGCCGAGUUCACGGCGCUGCUGGUGGAGACCAAGGGCGCGUCUAUUGACAAGGAGGAGCUCUUUGCCGUGGCGCAGGAGCUGCACGACCAGCUGCUGAGACUCAGAGGGGAUGCGAUGCAGGUGCUGGCCACGCAGGAAGCCAUCUCGCUGCUGUGUGAAGCCUGCUGGAAGCACAACUUCUGCGGACGAGCGCACUCGCUCGUGACGCAGCUGCUGCCGUACUUGAUUGUGCGUAGUUAUGAAUCUACGCCUGCGGGGAGCUUCAACUCCAAGAAGCACCCGAUCCGAAGGUUGUUCGCGAUUAAGGACGCCUUGCCGCUGCUGGACUUUGAUGAUGAUAGCAGCGGCCUGCUGAGAGAUAUCCUGCUGCGCUGCUUCAUCCAGCCGACGUUCUUCCGGUCGCCGGAUGCGGUGCCGUUUCUGAGCUUCUUGUUCACGUUGCACGUGCCGUUUAUGGAGGAUAUCAACGAGACGAUCAGGAACCAGAUCCCGAACCAACGCAACUCGAUCCUUGUCAAGUACGGCAACAUCUACUUCAAGGCUUGGGUUGGCAGUAAGGGCGCGUUUCGAUCGAAAAUUGAAGAAGAGUGCAUUCAGCGAUACGUUCGCGACGCAGUUCACGCAGGCAGCACUUCCCUCUUCAACGCAGUUCGCACAGUGCUGCAAAUCUUCUUCGAGAACAAGCGCCACCCCGGUGUCGACGAGAUGCUUUACCGUAUUUGCAGCCCGAUCUUGUGGCGAGGCGUGAAGGCCCCCAAUGAUUCUGUCCGGCGGCAAGCGACUAUCUUGCUCUUCGACAACUUCCCGCUCCGUGACCCAGCUUUCAACAACGAAACAAUGGACCUGACACUCCAGAAACAGUUUGACACGUUCGAAGAGCUGCUGGGCGAUUCUCACCCUGCACUGCGAGUUGCAGCAAUUGAAGGCGUCUCUAAAGUUCUUUCCGUGUACUGGGAAUUGCUGCCCGCGGAGACUAUUCGGUGUUUCAUAUCAAAGCUUGUGGUGGAUCUAGUGAAUGACGUCUCAUCGAGCAGCGUCCGUGCGGCAGUAUUUGAAGGCAUCCAAUUCAUUUUGGACAACCACAACUCGCACUCAAUUCUGAAGCCGCUGCUCCCCAUGCUAGCGCCACUGAUCAAUGAUCGAAACGAGAAGGUCCGUGCUGAGUUCGGCGCUCUGUUGGUCCGAAUCAAGAGCAUUCGAAACUUGCACUUCUACGAUGUUGUUCCGGUGAAUGACCUCCUGUGCCGCAUGGUCAUGGACCGGGAUAGUCCUCUGGCACGGAAGCAGCUUGUCUCUUUGUUCUUGAACUCAUACUUCCCGCAGAGUGUGGGUGGCUCAUCGCAGGUGGCCCGAUGUCUCGCUCUGGUGAGGAAGAACCCAGAAGCUGCUAUGGUUUUCUAUGCGAACGUCGUGGAGCACGUCUCUGUCGGAUCGGUGUGCAAAUUGGCCGCUCUCCUCCUUCGUUGCUCCCUAAACUUCGUGUCUCGGCGAUUAAAGCAACCUCAAGAGUCUGAGGAGGAUGACGAAGAUGAAGAUGACGAAGACGAGGAAAGCUUUAGCGUGGUUGGCCAGGUUGUCGUGUUGGAAGUCAUCGGUAAUCUUCUCAAGAGUGUGCACGUGAAGGUGAUGGGCGACGCCCGCUACUCCGAGUGCAAGACCUUCCUGCGUGAACAGCUAAACGUCGAGUCGCUCGAAGCACUUCUUCUCGCGUACAGCGAAGACCGACCCUAUGACCAGGAGGCACUCAGUUCAAUCUGGAGGAUCAUCGGCUAUCUGGGAGACCUGUCCGAAGGUGUCUUACUGGAGCGUCUGGUGGAAAACCUUAUGAAGAUGAACGAAAACUCCAGCAGGAAGCUCCUCGAGUCGAUGGUUGACUGUAUGGUGCAGUGGGAGCAGCUUCCGUUCUUGACAUCGAAACUAGCCAAGUUCCUUGAGCAAUGGAGGAAGAACAAGUUCCGUGCUGAGGCGACCGGUACUAAGACGAAGAAAUCCAAGAAGGCCGAAGUGGCGCUGAACCCCGUCGUGGUUCUUGGCACGGUCGAGUACAUUGCUCAGCUGCCGUCUGUCAAGGAUCUUAAAACGUUGCUGCAGCCCAUAGUUGAAGUGCUGGAGUCGUGCAUGGGACCAAUUCUCGAGUUCGACGCCGACGAAGUUGAAGAAGCCUACAAAGCUAACUCGUUCGGCUUUAUCCGAUUGCUCGAAGUGUACGCGAAGGUGUCGGUCAUGGCAGAGUGCGCGCACGUGAACGAUGAAACGUCGUUGCUGGUGGAGAAGUCUGCGAAGCGCUUGAGCAAGAAGGAUGAUCUUCGUGACCUGCAGCCUUCCGAAUUUUUCACGCCUCCCAAGGCCUUGGGCUCACUUUUCGCCUGGCUUGCUCGAUUGAUGCUUGAUUUCCGCAAGGAAGUGGAGGCGACAGAGCAGACGACAAACGGAAAGAAGCGUCGACGAGGCAAGAACGCGGAUGCGGCUGACAAACUCUCGCCUCAGAAGGAGUUGCUGGGUCGCUGGCGCAACCUCUUCUCCCUCGUGUCCCUGUUGUCGGCCGAGAGCAUUGCGUUUGCUCUCGAACGUUCUCACUGGCUGCAAAACGGCCCUGCUGCAGACUUCGUCGACGCGUACGUGGACACCUUGUGCGAUACACUCCGGGACAUGGAGUUCUUCGAGCGUACUGUGUUCUACCAAGCUGGCCAGCUCCAUCAUCUGCUCGAAAGCGUCCGCGUCAAGGCAGUUAAGUCUUCGGUGGCACAAGCUGCUAACCUUGUGCCCUCUCUCGAGCACUGGAUCAGUACACUGCAGCAAGCGUUGGCGAGUGCGCACGACAAGGACAAGGACAAGUGCGACGACCUGUGGCCCGCUGUCAGCGCUUCAUUUGCUGAGCAAUUCGCAGUUUACCUCCGCCGUGGCAACUCCGCAGCAUCUGCUUGA